GCACUGGCCCCGGCCCUGAGCGCCAUGAGUCGGGGCAGCUCCGAGAGGGAUCUGGCGGCCGGGUUGCAGGCGGAGGCGGUGGCCCCUGCCAAAGCGGGGGCAGAGGCCAAGGCAGUGGCGGAGCCCACAGCGGAGACCAAAGCGGAGCAGGUCCGUGUGGACGCGGGCGCAGCCGGGGAGCCCGAGAGCAAGGCUAGGGAGCUGCAGCCCAAGGUCCCGGCCUCGGCGCAGCCCCGCGCAGCCGAGGAGGGGGACGUUCGUACUCCCCUGCGGCCACUGCCCACGCUGACCCCGGCCAACCCGAAGCCAGCGCUGGCGCGGGGCCACUGCCUACAUGGGAAGUCCAGGAGCAAGUGCAGAAGCUGCAAGCGGAGCUCGGGCCCGCGUUCCGAUGAGUACAGCCUGCCGCGGCCCGUCACCGUGGACAGCUCCAAGGCCAGGACCUCUCUGGACGCCCUAAAGAUCAGCAUCCGACAGCUCAGGUGGAAGGAGUUCCCAUUUGGCCGGCGCUUGCCUUGUGACAUCUACUGGCACGGAGUUUCUUUUCACGACAAUGACAUAUUCUCCGGUCAAGUGAACAAGUUUCCAGGCAUGUCGGAGAUGGUGCGUAAAAUUACCCUGAGCAGAGCGGUGAGAAUCAUGCAGAAUCUCUUUCCUGAGGAGUACAACUUCUACCCUCGCUCCUGGAUUCUGCCUGACGAGUUCCAGCUCUUUGUUGCUCAGGUUCGCAUGGUGAAAGAUGAUGACCCGUCCUGGAAGCCCACUUUUAUUGUGAAACCUGAUGGUGGCUGUCAGGGUGAUGGAAUCUACCUCAUUAAGGACCCCAAUGACAUCCGCCUGGCAGGGACCCUGCAGAGCAGGCCGGCGGUGGUCCAGGAGUACAUCUGCAAACCUCUCCUUAUCGACAAGCUCAAGUUUGAUAUUCGUUUGUACGUCUUACUAAAGUCCUUGGAACCCUUAGAAAUUUAUAUAGCCAAAGACGGACUCUCGAGAUUUUGUACAGAGCCAUAUCAGGAGCCCAGCCCCAAAAAUCUGCACCACGUCUUUAUGCACUUAACCAACUACUCACUGAACAUCCACAGCGGCAACUUCAUCCAUUCAGACAGUGCUAGCACAGGGAGCAAAAGGACUUUCUCAAGCAUCCUCUGUAGGUUGUCCUCCAAAGGCGUUGACAUCAAGAAGGUCUGGUCCGACAUCAUCUCCGUGGUGAUCAAGACCGUCAUUGCCCUGACCCCAGAGCUCAAAGUCUUCUAUCAGUCAGAUAUCCCCGCCGGGAGGCCGGGCCCCACGUGCUUCCAGAUUUUAGGCUUUGACAUUCUUCUAAUGAAAAAUCUGAAGCCUAUACUCCUUGAAGUGAACGCAAACCCCAGCAUGAGAAUCGAGCACGAGCAGGAGCUUUCUCCAGGGGUGUUUGAAAAUGUCCCCAGCUUUGUUGAUGAAGAAGUGAAGGUGGCUGUGAUCAGAGACACUCUGCGCCUCAUGGACCCUCUUAAGAAGAAAAGAGACAGCCAGUCUCAGCAGCUUGAAAAGCCCUUACCUGGAAAGGAAGAGCUUUUGGAUGGCGAGCAGACCGGCGCCCCCCACGGCGUUGUCAAUCCCGAAGCCCACCUGCCCUCCAUUUGCCUCAAGCAGGUGUUCCCCAAGUACGCAAAGCAGUUCAACUAUCUGCGCCUGGUGGACAGGAUGGCCAAUUUGUUUAUCCGCUUCCUGGGAAUCAAGGGAACCAUGAAGUUGGGGCCGACAGGCUUUCGCACCUUCAUAAGGAACUGCAGACUCAGCAGCAGCAGCUUGUCUAUGGCUGCCAUAGACAUCCUCUACAUCGACAUCACAAGGAGGUGGAACUCAGUAACCCUGGACCAGCGGGACUCAGGGAUGUGUCUGCAGGCGUUCGUGGAGGCUUUCUUUUUCCUGGCUCAGAGGAAGUUCAAGAUGAUGCCACUGCACGAGCAGGUGGCCUCGCUGAUCGACCUGUGCGAAUACCACCUGUCUCUGCUCGAUGAGAAACGCCUGGUGUGUGGCCGGGCUGGCCACUCAGGGGGCCAUUCCGCCCACAGCAGCACCGCCCCGGGGCAUUCUACCUUGACUCAGCUGACAGGGAGCAACCCUGCACCCCGCACAAACUACACCAGUAAGCUGUCCUAUCCCAGACAUACUCUGUCCUGAGA